GUGUGUACAUCAGGCCAGAUUGUCCCUAGGUGGACUGGCAUUGUCUUGGUGUGUGUGAGGCAGGCUUUUAGCAGGUCCUUUCAGUGUGUUUUGCAGGAAAUCCGUCCUUCUCGUCAUUGAGGAUUAACAGGAUCCCAUCUCGUGCCUGAAGACCUCUCACUAGAAGAAAGAGAAGAACUUUUAGAUAUUCGUCGAAGAAAAAAGGAACUUAUUGAUGACAUUGAGAGGCUGAAAUACGAAAUUGCUGAAGUUAUGACGGAGAUUGACAAUCUAACUUCAGUGGAAGAGAGCAAAACUACCCAGAGGAACAAGCAGAUAGCUAUGGGGAGGAAGAAAUUCAACAUGGAUCCCAAAAAGGGAAUUCAGUUUCUAAUAGAGAACGACCUGCUGCAAAGCUCCCCGGAGGAUGUGGCCCAGUUCCUGUAUAAAGGAGAAGGCCUAAAUAAGACUGUGAUCGGGGACUAUCUGGGUGAAAGGGACGAUUUCAACAUUAAAGUUCUUCAAGCGUUUGUCGAGCUCCAUGAGUUUGCUGAUCUGAACCUCGUCCAAGCCUUAAGGCAGUUCUUGUGGAGCUUCCGACUUCCGGGCGAGGCUCAGAAAAUCGACCGCAUGAUGGAGGCGUUUGCGUCCCGCUACUGCCUGUGCAACCCCGGCGUCUUCCAGUCCACAGACACCUGCUACGUGCUGUCGUUUGCGAUCAUCAUGCUCAACACCAGCCUCCACAACCACAACGUGCGGGACAAGCCCACGGCCGAGCGCUUCGUCACCAUGAACCGUGGCAUCAAUGAGGGAGGGGACCUCCCGGAGGAGCUGCUGCGGAACCUGUACGAGAGCAUCAAGAAUGAGCCGUUUAAGAUCCCGGAGGACGACGGCAAUGACCUGACGCAUACGUUCUUCAACCCCGACCGCGAGGGCUGGCUCCUGAAGCUGGGAGGGCGGGUGAAGACCUGGAAGCGGCGCUGGUUCAUCCUGACCGACAACUGCCUCUACUACUUCGAGUACACGACGGACAAGGAGCCCCGGGGCAUCAUCCCCCUGGAAAACCUCAGCAUCAGGGAGGUGGAGGACCCGCGCAAGCCGAACUGUUUCGAGCUUUAUAACCCGAGCCAUAAGGGUCAGGUCAUCAAGGCCUGUAAGACGGAGGCAGACGGCCGCGUGGUGGAGGGGAACCACGUGGUGUACCGGAUCUCCGCCCCGAGCCCCGAGGAGAAGGAGGAGUGGAUGAAGUCCAUCAGAGCGAGCAUCAGCAGGGAUCCUUUCUAUGACAUGUUGGCCACGAGGAAGAGGAGGAUUGCCAAUAAGAAAUAGACCUUUCCUGGCCCGAACCGGUGAGAGCAGAAGCCCAGACCCCACAACAGAAAGCAAGCGCCUGGGAGCCUCCCCUGACCCCCGGCCCCACCUCGCUCUCCCGCCACAUCCCUGGAGACAGCACGUGCGCAGUGGGAGCACCGCCCCGAGGAGCCCUCUGCGCACGGCGGCCGAUGUCCAGACGCCCUUCUCCCGGUCCCAGCCCGCGGUGGCGCCUGCCGGCUCCUCGGAGGGAAGCUCGUGCCGCACUUGCGCAGCCGUGGCAGCGUUCACCGUUCCCGAAGCCGCUGUCUUAUUAUCCGAACAAGAAAGGAAACGCUACCACUUUUUUAUUCAGAGUUUUUUCUCAGAUAUAUAGGAUUAUAGCUUUUAUAUGCCUUUUUAUAUUCUGAAAUUAUAACGAAGGAUACUUACUUUCUAACUGUAGUAUUUUUAGAAUGGCAGCUAUAAUUGUAACUCGUGGACACAAGUAGAUACUGUGCACUGAAGAAGUCGUCUAUACGUGGACCUGCCGCCCUGCGUGGGUGCUGGGCGGCAAUGCGGGGUGCCCUCGUUGUCGUCCUCGGGGCGGAGGGACGGCUCUGGGCAGGGGCUGAGCUCCAGCUGGCCAGGCCCCCAGGGACUCAUCAGCUCAGACUUUGUGGCCCCACAGAUACUUUCUGAAAAGGCCCAUCUUUAAAAUAUAAGUGAUGGUUCUGGUUGUGAAUCUUGGGGCUGUGGCCGCACACGCAGCGUGUGGGGAGCCCCGUGAGACUGCUGCUGUUGGACUGUUUUGACCCCCAACUGGCAGUUGCAUGUGGUUCAGUGGAGCCGUGGUUCGGACUGAUUGACCAGCUUUCACUAUUUAAAACCUUUCGCCAAAACAAAUGCUUCUUUUACUGACCCAGUAGCUUGGUCGGGUCUCUUAGCGUGCCCUGUAGACGAGUACCCAGAGCCAAUCUUAACUCCGUGUUUUCAGAGACUUCAAGCUCUUGCCCUGAGGAUGGAAAGGGCAUGCAGUGGGAUGAAGGCGCGUGGCACUUAGGGUUUCCUGUAAACAGCGUGAAAGCCCAGACGCACGCUAGUGGUGGAACUUAAGAAGGUUCACGAUCAGGCAGUGGUCACGUUGCUGUUGAUCUACUAGGUGCUCAGGGCGUCGGCCCGAGGGAGGCUGGGGAUCAGAGCAGGACCGGGCGCCGUUAGGGUCCUGUGUGUUGGGGCAAAACCUCUGCCUCUUCAGGAUGGGGUCGGGGCCAGAUGCCGCCAGGACCCUGACGGCCACAUUCAGGUCGUGGGUCCCUGUAGGUCCAUGCCCUUUAGAGGUCACGAGCUAUCCUGUGCAAGAUGGAAGUUCCAGAAAGUGGACCUCGCUCGGACUGUCAGCACCUGCGUGAAGAUUUUAAGUAGAAGUAACUGUUUUGCGAGUUGCCUUGGUGCUGACAGUGACUGGCCUCGGGCCCUUGGCCUCGGCACCACUGACCUUGACGUAGCUUUAAGUCAUGCUAGAUGCAAAGGGGUCUGAGCCCAGGCCUCUCUGACAUGCCUCAAACUGAUUUGUUGUUUCGUUCCCAAGCUUUUAGGCUUUCUUAUUGUUCUGAUACCUCAAAUUUGAAACUUUGGUUUUGGAGAAAGGCAAGUCGGCGUUCUUGAAAUGCCUGACUGGUAUAUAUGCAACUCUGGCCUCCAGUCUUCCAUGAAAACCGACGGUGCCCGGCCCUGCUGCCGCCGGGGACAAUGGGGGUGGCCCCUCUUCCGGGCUGCCCCGGGCGCGAUGCAUCGGUGGUUCACCCGGGGAGUGCGCCCCGUCUCGUCUGCCCCGGGUAGGCCCCUGGGGAUACAGACUUUGUCUUCUGGGUUUGGCCUCAGUGGGGUUGGGAGAAGGGAGCCUUGGGAAACCCCUGUAGGAAUUCUCUCAUCGCCUGUGAAGGAGCCUCCAUGAUGGCUGUUUUCCCAGGAACCAUGCAGAGGCCGUGGUGCUUAGAAUCUGUGUCACUUGCUGUCAGUGUUACGUGAGAUUCUCUAACUCCAGGUUUUGUGACAGUAUUAACACGCGGGGCAAGCCAGCGGUCACCCCACUAUGCGCUCAGGCAGGCCAGUGGCCGUGGUCCUCCUCCUCCCCGCCCCCACGUCUGCCCAGUGCUAGAAUUUAGUCCCACCUCUGGCCAAAGACCAGCUUCCCUCCAGAGACCAAGGGCAGGAGGCAGAGAAGGGGGAGCUGUGUGUGGAAGACCACAGCUGCCGCGCCCCGCCGGCCUCCGUUUACCCUGCACCCGGGCGAGUGAUGGCGUCUUCGGGAUCACGGAGCGUCCUGGAACAGUUUAACGUGGUACCAAACGGAGUCAAAAUAGGAGCUAUUUAUAGAUGAAGCAGCAUUUAAUGCUUCAUAUAAAGUAAUGCAUAUUUUUAAAAGUUAAAAUGCAUAGAUCUAUAUAGAUGUGCUUUGCUGAGAAGUUAGGUCUGUUGUAGACCGGAAACCACAUGUUGUGAUUUCACUUUUUCUUAUUUUUUCUUAGACAUUUCUAUUUACAGUAAAUAUAGUUCAUAUGUAAAUACUGUACAUAGGGAUUUCGGGAGUGUGUGUUAUUCAAUGUAUAUACUCCCCCAACGUGCAUGAAGAACCCUGUUACCGAUGUUUUGUUGUAUCGUUGGAGGGUGUAUGGCCGUCAAAUUGCAAAUGUGGUGUUCACAAAAUAAAACCUGCAUUGUUCACACAA